UAAGAUGUACAUUUUUCUGUAGUAACUUAACAUUUCGUCUUUGUCUGUCUAUAUAUACAGACCCUUUCCAAAAAAUUAGAAUAUCAUGGAAAGUUUUAUUUAUUUUCCCUGCCCAUACUGCCAGAAGCACCAAAACCUGGUUUGAUGCCCAUGCCACCAAAGUGCUUGACUGGCCAGCCAACUCGUUGGACCUAAACCAUUGAGAAUCUAUGGCGUAUUAAGAGGUAAAUGAGGGGCACCAGACCCAAAAACAAAGAGCUGACAACAAGCAUCAAGGAAAUCUGGGCUUCCAUUACUCUGAGGCAAUGCCACAGGCUGAUUGCAUCAAUGCCACGGUGCAUUGAGGCAGUGAUUAAGGCAAAGGGAUUCCCAACCAAGUAUUGAAGAUUGACAUAUUGUUUUGAAAAUAUAUUUUGAUUGAGUUGAUGUGAUCCUAAUUUGUCUUUUUUUUCUUCUGCAAAAACAGAAAUAAAUGGUGAUUUCUCCAGUAAUUUUUUUGAAUUCCUGUUUUUGUGGGUUUCAUGAGCUGGAACCCCAGAUUGUGUAAAAAUAAACAAAUACUUGAAAUCAUUUAAAUUGUGGGCCCUGAAUCUAUAAUCUAUAAAAGUUUAACAUUUUUAACGGAAUUAUGGAAAUACUUUUGCAGGAUGUAAUUUUUUGGGAAGGGUCUGUAUAUCCAAACCAUUGCCUUAGAGGCUAUCAUAAAUCAAUUGCAGAUGUCUUGGCCCAUGUUCUUAUGAACAUCUCUCACUCUCUAUGGACAAAAAAUAUGAUUCAUCCAGAAAAAUAUUAUCCAACCACCACCUUCUUUCUUAUCCUCUCCUACGGUUCUUCCCCUCUCUACAUAAAGGCAUACGCUCCUCUAAUUUUUCAAAUGAAAACGAGACCUCCCUCUUGGCUGCGGGGACUGCUUUAUUUAAACAAUCGCGCAUUAGCAGAGCACAUGACAUGGACCCUUUUUAAAACAAGAGAAACUUAAGAAUGGUGAUGACUUUUAAAGAUACAGUCACAAAGUUUUUAACAUAUACAAUGCAAAUACAUUUCUACCUACAGUUUUCACAACAAACACCAGUUUAAAAGGAAAAUAUAUAUUGUUUUUGUGUUUACGUAUUGUGUCAAAUCACAGCAUUUCUACACCUUAAGAAAUAAAAUCCAUCACUGUACCUACUUAUCUCACUUUUAAAAUAUCACUAAUCCAGAAUUAUAAAGGCUUUGUAAAACAAAAUGAAAUAAUAAUAAUAAUAAUGAACAGAACAUAUGAUGAUUUAUUUUUUUAGAUCACAAAUGCUUGACGCUAGAUAGAUAGAUAGAUAGAUAGGACACGUUUUUAAUCAAAUCGUAGGCAUUUCGCUUAGAGUUGGUGUACAUAGGGUUAACUUUUCCUCCUCCCCCUCUUCUUUAUUCUGAUAAUGGGAUGUGCCACCGAGUCAUCUGCUGUUAAGCUGCAGCAGGUCAUCAGAUUCAGUGGAACAGGCGGAGCAACAGUGGCUGAGCUUAUUUGCAGGGAAGAUGAGCUGUGGCUUCAGAGCUGCUGCUGCCGCUGCUGAAUUCAUCCCCGAGCAGCAGCUCUGACCGGCCUCCUCUAAUGGUGACACGUGGAUUUCCGUGGGUGAGAGGACCCACCGGUCUCCGUCUGGACGGACUCUUCGACGCCUGUGUGUGUGUGUCGUAGUCGGGAUCUGUCGGCAAGUCCUCGUUCUCUCUGCUGGACCCGGCAAUGCUCACUGUGAAGGAACAGGCUAUUCUGCAGACAUCCGGAACACGCAUCCAUGCUCCAGGGUCAGUCCGUAUCCUGACAUGUCUGUGACAACGCCAAGCCUUACUUCCAGGAUCUGCGAUAAGAAAUCACGCACGCAGAGCCGCAUGGGUGCGUCAACACCGUUACUUCAUUGUGUUUUGCGGGCGAGGCUGUGGGGCGGCGCAGCGCAAUGAAUGAAUGAAUCCCUACCGGGAUUUUAGCAAGUAGACGUUAUUGAUACAUAAACCCGACAAUAUGGCUGAUCAGAGCAACAUCCAAUCCGCCGCCUCCAAGAGCAUUCGGCCCUUCAAAUCCAGCGAGGAAUACCUGUACGCCAUGAAGGAGGACCUGGCCGAAUGGCUCAACACCCUUUACGACCUGGCUAUCACUGCGGACACAUUCAUGGACGCGCUGGAAACGGGCUGUGCCCUCUGUCGGCACGCCAACAACGUCAACCGCGCCGCUUACGACUUCCAGUUGGAACACCCGGGGGCUGCGCUCUCCAUGAAGGUUCCGUCCAAAGAUGUUGUCUUUCAGUCGCGCAAUGUCAUACAGGGAUCUUUCCUGGCCCGGGAUAAUGUGUCCAAUUUCAUCAGCUGGUGCAGACAAGAGCUGUGGAUCAAGGACGUGCUCAUGUUUGAAACCAACGACCUGGUGGAGAAGUGCAACGAGAAGAAUUUUGUUCUGUGUCUCCUUGAGGUGGCACGACGUGGGUCCAAAUUUGGCAUGUUGGCCCCCAUGUUGAUCCAACUGGAGGAAGAGAUAGAAGAGGAGAUCCGUGACCAGGAGAGCCUGCACAGCCAGGCCGGAGAGCCAAGUGAGAAGAGUUCCAACAUCAGGUGUUGUGGUAGAAAGGAGAGCAGUCAGAGCGUGGAGGACGAGGAGGAACCAGAGCCAGGACCUUUUGUCUGGCAGCAGGAGAGAGUUUUAUGUAAAAUGCGGAAUUUGGAUGAGUUGGUACGGGAGAUUCUGGGUCACUGUUCCUGUCCAGCUCAGUUUCCUAUGGUCAAGGUGUCAGAGGGGAAAUACAAAGUUGGAGACUCCAGUGCGCUGAUCUUCAUUCGGGUCCUUCGCACUCAUGUGAUGGUGCGUGUUGGAGGGGGCUGGGACACAUUAGAGCACUAUUUGGACAAGCAUGAUCCGUGUCGCUGUGCUGCUUUUGCUCAUCGUUACCACCAGGCCAAGGCCAGCAGCCAAGGUCAGGGCACCCAGAGCAAGUCCUCGAGUGCCCACUCUUCUCGCUCCACCAGCCCAGGUCCACACUGGAGAAACGAAGGCAUUGCACCUUACAAGACCCCAGACAGAUGCACCACAGAGCUUUCCUCUUCUCUGUGUAGCUCCUCUUCAUCCACAAGGCCUGGAAGAUCCCAAAGCAGUGUCAGUCAGUCAGAACCCGACUCUGUUGCUGCCCGUACUGUACUUCCAUGGCCACCGAGAGUUCGUUCAGAACCACGUCACAUUAAUCCUCUGAGGGCUAAGGAGACAAAGUUGCCAUUAACGAGACGCCUGUCUGGAGACAAUGACUCCUCCACAGCUUCAUCAAAGGGGGGAGGAGGACGAUACUCCCUUGGUGGUGCCUCGCGCCGCUCUGGUGAAGAGGUGAUCCUGCUCGUCAACCGCAAAGAUGGGAAGCAUGCAAUUGAAAGAGGCGGAGUAGGAAAUCCAACCCAAUCCCUACGCCCCUCACAGCUCCGUGCUCGCAGCCAUUCUCGUGAACGUUCUGCAUUAACUCCCACAGUAAAACCAAACCCACCAUCAGGAUCCUCUGAUGGUAUGAGGACAACUCGUGGAGAGAGGGGGCGCUCUCUGGGGAAUGAGGGCCCCAGAAAGCUCCAUGUUCCACGCUCCCACAGUCAAAGUAGGUUACAGAGUCGCACUCGCUCCAGUCAUGCCAGUCCUGGGUCCUUAUCAUGGUACAAAGAACUCCAGCCCCCACAAUCAGACAAACAAGAGGAACUACGGGCCAAACAAGUGACGCCAUCUUCUCCCAGAGUAGGUGGUGGGUUCUCAAAAAGAAAGUCGUCCUCAUGCUCUAACUCCCCACCUAAAGGUGUCCAGUGCAACAACAGCAUCCCCACCAAAAAAACCAUAACUCCCAGACCCUCAGCCACUUGUUCCCCCUCCAUAGGAAGAAGCAAACCACCACCAGUAACGUCAGGAGGUUGGUGGUCACCGCACUCAUCUCCAUGCACCCCUCGUCGUCAGGUCGCUCAAUCCCCUCGGAUAUCACAGGGCUCUCGUUCCGUUGGACGAGGCAACCAUUCCAACUGGCCUAACAACCCUGAGCAUGUAGAACCAGAAGAGGAAGGACUAGGCUUUGGUUUUCAAUUGUUUCCAAUGCUGGACGCCCAGAGAGAGCAGGACUUGUACCGAAGCUUUGAGGCUGAAUUUUUAGCUAAUACAAAGCAAGCAAAAGUAGUAUCUAAUAAGGGGGGGGGGUGGAGAGUGACUGUGCAGAGAGAGAGUACACAAGCUCCCAAUAUCACAGACUCGGCUUACUCUUCCUCUAACUCCUCUUCUUCCUCCCAAACUGUGGGAGUAAAGAUGGGAACUCUGCCUGAACUAAGGGAGUCCAAGAGAACUCAUCAUCGUCACCUCCAACUCGAUGACCCACUCAAUUUACUGUAUGUACACAAUAUUGAAGGACCAACCCACGGUCAUCAAGGAAAACCUGUGAAAACUUCCCUGCUGGGCAUUGGAGAUACUGAGUCACUCUUGAGGAUCCUUCAGCAGGUGGGCUGUCAGGCCAACAGGUUCAACCUGGAUGGAACAGUGGGCCUGAAGGAGAUGUUUCACUGGAGAAUCACCAGUCAAACCUUUCAUUUGACCAGGGAAAUGGCGGAGGGAGUGAUGACCUUCCACCUCCAGAGACGUGUCUGUCCCCUUCCCAUUUCUGAAGACUGCUCGCUUCAAGAUUCCUCCAGUGAAAACUCAUCCAUGUGCUUUAGCUUGAGUGAAUCCCACUCAGAGUCUCCUCCUCCAACAUCACCUCUGGCCAAUGGAGACACAGAUGGAGAAAUGUUGCAGACUAAGAAAAACCAGAAGAAAGCAAACAGGGCAAUCCCAGUCUCUAAGCACAAACUGAAAUCCAGAAUGAAGAGCUGCACUGACAAUAGGCCAGAAAAAAGCCCCUCUACGCCCGUCAGCUACAAGGAUCUGCAACCUCACAACCCUCUCUCGCCUUGUCACACGUCGCCUCUGUCCCCACAGAGCUCUCUAUUGGUCAUCCAACCACAUGCAAGAGCCUGCACCAAGCUUACGCAGAAAUGAUCCAUUCUCACCCACAUUCCCCAGUCUUGGGCUACAAAGACUGCUCCUACCCCAGACAGUCAGGAAGCCUGGAUAAUGAAGCCUGUAUGUAGCACAAUGCUGACACAUGACGUGGGAGAGUUGUUGAAACGUGACUACUGUGUAAAAUUUAUUUUAGACUGGGCUAAAGACUGUUCUCACUGCAUGUUUUUCAUUUUCAUUGCACAACACUCUUUUUGCUCAGUUUGUUUUCUGAAUGUCUGGACCCGGUGGGUUACAUUUACUUUUAUUUUGUGCAUAAGCCAAAUUAUUUAUUACCAAAGGCAUGGUGUUCAA